AUGUCUGAUGAUGAAGUUUUUGUGUCAGCAAGUGAUAUGAGCUCGUCUUUUCACUCCGAUGAUGAUGAUUAUAACUUUCAGAGCGGAGGUGUGAUGUUUUCCCCGCUAGGUCGACUUCGCGUUGCUCAGGCUGUCAGGAAACAGACAAGCCAGUUACCAGUACUAAGUUCUGAGGCAGCACCGCUUCAGGCACCUCUGUGCUAUCAAUUACUCUGUGCACCUCCCUUGGCUCCCUUACAAGCUUGCGCCCCAUGCGAGCUUCCGCCUCCACCAUAUGCUCUAUAUGGCCUGCCAUUUGACACUACACCAGCUAUAUAUGGCCCACCUGCUCAAUAUACGCUGGUUCCAGCACCAUAUAGUGCGGCUUGUUGUGAGCCAACUUGCUGUGCUCCUCUGGAUAAGCAGCCGCGCGUGCCACCACCUCCACUCCAUCCUGCUUUCAUCUACUGA